AUGGGUAACAAUCAGUCCGAAAAUAAUAGACCGACACAGCCACAUAUGAAUUUGUCUGACUUGGAGCACAUCCUCAACACUCAGCGACAGAGAUACGAGCAAAAACUCCAGGACGAGCUGGCGAAGCAGAGAGCUCAACAACUUAGGGAGCAAGAGGCUAAGGAGAGACGGGCUAAAGAACAAGAGGCCAGGGAAAAACUCGCUAAAGAACAGGCCAAACAACGAGCCGAACAGAGCUCCAACUCCUCGAAUACAGUCCCAAGCAACUCCGUAGGUGGCCCUCAGCAGCAAGCCGCAGUAAUCGUACCACCGCAGCAGUUAUACCCUACCCUGACCCAAACGCCGAACUACCCUGUUCAUGUAAACCAGCCCCAUCCGUUAAUUCAGACUAAUCCUUUUCAACAACCCAACCCUAUGUUCCAACAUUACCCGCAAUUCAACCCACCCCAACCUUGGAACCCUCCCCAGCACGUAAACCAUCCCAGGAACCAACCUAAUUCCUACCAAAACCGAGCGACGCCGACGCCACCGCCGCAAGAUUUCGUCUUUGUGAACGCGCCUGGACAAAGAUACAAGCCGGUCCCGUCAGCCCCGGUGGAACCUUCAGGCCCAAGUACUCGGCCUCGAAUUCCUGAUGUAGUUCCAUCUCAUGGCCCCAGGAACCGCUCACGCUCAACUAGCAGGGCUCGUCCUGUCAAUAAGAACCGAGGAAUCUAUGAUUGUCCCACAUGUAACCAAAGAUAUGGGUUGAAAAUAUUCCAAUGCCCGAACGGACACAGCGCCUGCAAUGACUGCAAGAUCAGAGGACGAGCCUGCGCCAUCUGCGGACUGUCUCUUACUGGAGUCAGGAACUUUGAGGUUGAGAAUCAUGUAGCUCAGACACCAACAACCUGCCCUAACAAAAAUGAGGGAUGUAAUUCGAUGAUCAAGCAGAUUAACAUGGACAAACAUUUGGAAAGUUGUCCCUAUAUGGAACAGCAGUGCCCUCUCGUCGCCAUCUUCGGAACAUGCCGCUGGAAGGGUAAACUGAGCCAGUUGUCGACUCACUUUGACGAGAUGCACUCAUCGAACCGCGGAGUAGACGUCGACAAGGAAAUUUACUUAAGAGACAUUCAUAAUUCGAGCCGUCAGGUUCAUCUCGUCGUUAUUGGCGGAUAUAAUUUCUUAUGUCACCUUCAGGUUUCUGAAACGGACGGCAAAAUCUUCAUGGCAGUUCAACUCUUGGGCAUUAAUACUGCUGCAAAGAAAUGGACUUAUGAAAUCCACGUCUACAAAAAGUCUGAACCUCGUAGGAAAUAUAUGUACUCGGAUACUUGUGUCUCUUCAAAGGAAGAAGUGUUUAAAUCCGGGAAGUGCGCAGUGCUGCCGAUAUUUUAUGCUGCAACCUUCGUCGAUAGAGAGGGCAUGGCAUUCAAAUUCUUCAUUCAAAAAAUUUCGAAUAAAAACAACGAAGAUGAUAAUCAGGAUGAUCAGCUUGAAGAAGAGAGAGAAAACAUGAAUGGAAAUGAUACUGACGAGUCCCAGAGGCCACAAGUUGAAAACUGGCGGGAAUCGUGUACCACAACGGAGAGUCGUGUAAAUGAUAACCAACACUACCAACGACCUCGAUCGUGGGUUAAUCAGAGACGUGCACUAACUUAUGUUUGUGUUAACACAGGCAACACAAGGAACUCUGUAGAGGUCGAAAAUUGGCGGGCAUCUUCUGAUUCGAGAGCACAAAGUGCGAGAAACACAACUCAAAGGCCAAAUAAACAUAACUAA